AGAAAUACCGGCGCGCAACUCGAGUUUUCCAGAAAAUUAAAAACUGUUACUGCGUCAAUUUCCCAAGCUUACGGAAGGAAAAUUAAAUUGCAACAAUGACCGUAGACGAAGGUGUUGAUAUCUCAAAGAAUGGCGAUCGUGGGGUGUUGAAGAGGAUCAUCAAGGAGGGCGAAGGCACGGAUACUCCCAACGUUGGAUGCCAAGUCACUGUCCACUACACUGGGACACUCCUGGAUGGCUCAAAAUUCGACUCCAGUAGAGAUAGGAAUGAGCCAUUCGAAUUUAAUUUGGGGAAAGGCUCGGUGAUCAAGGCGUGGGAUGUGGGCGUGGCGACAAUGAAGAAGGGCGAGGUGUGCGUGUUGACUUGCGCGCCCGAGUACGCCUACGGAGCCGCCGGCAGCCCGCCCAAGAUCCCGCCCAAUGCCACCCUGCAGUUUGAGAUUGAAAUGAUCGACUGGAAAGUGGAGGAUCUGAGCCCGAACAAGAACAAAGGCAUCUUGCGGCACAUCGUGGAGCAGGGCUCCGGCUUCGACAGCCCCAACGAUGGCGCGUUGGUCACAGUUGAGCUCGAGGGCAAAUUAUUGGCCGACGGCAAAAUAUUCGACACCAGAACAGUCACGUUCCACCUCGGCGAAGGCAGCGAGAACAACAUCUGUGAGGGCAUCGAACGAGCCCUCGAGAAGUUCCUCAAGGGAGAAAAGUCCAGGAUAACCAUCCAGCCCAAAUACGCCUUCAAAUCCGAGGGAAACGCAGAACUAGGUGUGCCUCCGAAUUCCGCAGUAGAAUACACCGUCACACUCACGAACUUCGAGAAAGCCAAAGAGUCCUGGUCCAUGGAAGGCACAGAGAAGCUGGAACAGGCCAAAAUUUUCAAGGAGAAGGGCACAAACUACUUCAAAGCGAGCAAAUUCCAGUUGGCCAUCAAAAUGUACAAGAGGGUUAUCAGUUUGCUAGAUGACAUGCCAGAAGACAGCAGCGAAAAAGAAGAGAACAAAACCCAAGCCAAAGAACUACUUCUAUCCGCGCACCUGAACCUUUCCUUGGUCUACCUGAAGGUCACUCCUGUGCACCAUUUCGAGGCCAAGGAUCACGCCAACAAGGCUCUGAAAAUUGACGAGGUCAAUGUUAAGGGACUGUUCCGUAGGGGACAAGCACUACUGGGCCUGGGAGAGGCUGAGAUAGCUGUGAAAGACUUCCAGAAGAUUGUGGAGUUGGAGCCCCAGAAUAAGGCUGCCGCCAACCAGGUCCUGGUGUGCCGCGCCGCCGUGCAGAAGCAGCGGCAGAAGGACAAGCAGCUGUAUGCUAAUAUGUUCGACAAGUUCGCCAAGCACGACUCGGAGCUGGAGAAGAUAAGAGCUAAAGAAGAAGUUGACGUCAUCGGCGAGAAAGUCGGAGAGUGGGGCGCCGGCGAGGGCGAGUGGACCGAUCAGAUGCGCGCGCGGAAACCCACCGACUUCGAGAAGGAGAACCCUAACAUCCUCAUGCUGGACAAGGACGGCCGCUUCCAGAACAUGUGAGGAGCGAGAGGGACGGAUGCUGGGUGCCGGCCGACUGCAUGAUACGGUCUAAUCUGCAAUACUCGAAGCACUAACAAUUUUUUUUUUUUUAUGAAAAACAAAACAGCAGUUCAACGGUUUCAUAAGGAAUAUGACUUAUCAUAUAGCGUCAAAUACACUGGUCAUCACAAAAAUCGACCCUCCCGCGACAAGCACUUUCAAACGUAUGCAUCCACACUUCCCACCAAUAUUGACACUAUUUAAAAGCCUAGUUCUAAACUUCAUUUCAUUAAAGGAAAGGUUUUUACCCCAAAAUGUGUCUGUAGAAGAAUCCAGUCACUUCUUCAAAAAAUAGGUAGUUACGCUUGGGCAACUUUUAUGGCUAUAUAACUGUUAAGUUGGGAUGAUCGCUAUCCAUCUGUUAAAGAGGACACGUGAGAUCAUUAUUAUGGUUUUAUAACCAUAAAAAUUGGUCUAAUUGAUCCCAGAGGUGAGCCCAAAGUGAGGUCUUUUUUCAAGUUACAUUUAUUGUAUAUCGCGUUUAUGUUAAUCGUUUAUUAAGAAAUUAAAUGUGUUUUUCUUUAAGGAUAUUUAUUGGGCUUUCAAAAAACACCUAUAUUGUUGGGGCACCAUGAUUGUGUCAGUAGAAACGAGUUUUCCUGUAAAACGUAGGUGGGCCGAUUUUUGUAAUGACCAGUAUAGUUCGACCGGUUUCCAUCAAGGCAGAGCGGAGACAAGACGAGAGAUAUCUGUGUGUAGCAUAGUAUUGCUGUCUAUGUCUGGAAUUCGCUGACUACUGCUGUCAUUCCUGAACACUAUAAUCCGGGCCUUUUCAAGGCAAGAGUGAAUAGGCACUUACAGGGCAGAUAUGUACCAUUUGAGACUGCAUCUCGCUUAACACCAGGUGCGAUUGCGGUCAAAUACCUGCCUUGUCAUGCAUGAAAAAAAAUGAAACACCGCACCGUGCCGCCGCCGUCAAAUUCUAUAGAAAAUAAACACAGAUUUCUCUUUUCUGCUCUAUCCAUUUCCACCGAAGCGAAACGGAGAAGAAAUGUGGAAGUAAUAAAAUCUAAUUGGUUAUUCAAAGCAUUCCUCCGCUCCGCCUUGGUGGAAGAAACCUGGCCUUACUUAAACGAUCGCGAAAAUCGUUCGUGUCACGCUAUACUUGUCUCAAACCAUGCCUCAUCUCUCGAUGGUCUCAUGCAAUGUCGCUCGCUACGCAGCAAUAUGAUUGUAUCUUUAGGUUUGUUCACGUCACCAAACAUUAUCGAUCAGUCAAUUUUUUUCUACUUUGCAAUCAAUAGGGGUGUUGAAUCCUGUAUUUUGAAUUGAAAAAAAAAAGCCCGUACAAGUGACGUGACUGCAGUGACGUCACCCAAUCACUAGUAAAGAGUGUACAAACUAGUUAGAAAGUUCCAACUCUUAUUAUUACAUAGUGGUGAUUAUUUAUUUGCUCGUGAGUAGUACAAAAACGUCUGUAUGGAUCGCGCUACCAAAGUUGAGGUGUAAACAUAAAUCGCAAGUCGUCAUCGCGACUAGCUUAUACAGACAGAUACAAAAUCUUUUCUUGAGUAGAUGGCUCUUAUUCAUUCACGUUCCAGUACGAAGUUUAAUUGAAUACAGUCAACACCCCUAAUCAGCAAAAUGUAAUGUAAAAAAUAAUAAGUAAUUGUGAACAGUUGGCCUGUUUAUUCGUAAAAUGUUUGUCCAGUACAUAAGUUCUCCAUACAAAGAUCUUAUUUAUGUUACAGCGUGUGUAAUGUGUGUACGCACUUGUGAUAAAAUCAGAUAAAAAACAAAAUCAGACGCUAUGGAAAGGUACACAGAACGUAUAUUGAAAUAAUUGAGCAAGAAUAAAGAUAACUAUUAUGUAUUUUACCUCCUUUGGUUACUUUUAUGCAUAAGGGGGUUAGCUUAGUUCACAAGGCAAACAGAAUUCCUGUAGGUAUCUUAUAAUGUACUUGUUUAUAGAUUGUUUGAAUGAAAUGCUGUAUACAACACACUUGCCUAAUUAUUUCAAUGUACGCUAGUGACUUGGGGAGUGCUGCGCAUCUCUUUGUAUAACAAUGUGUUCUCGUAAAUGUAAGGUAACAGUAUAAUCGAUGUAAUUUUUAUGAGAUCUCGGAAUCAUUCCUGUUAGUCCACGAACCCGUUCGCCAUAUUGUCGCGUUUCCAGGAGCUACCAGUGAUAGUAGUUAUAAGGUUUCAAUAUCACUUAUGUAAUGACAUUAUAUUCUUCGUCGCUAUGUAUUAUACUACAUAGAUGAUCCCGCGACUUCUUACGCGUGAAAAGGCAUUAUAAAAUUCACACAUGAAGUUUCUACGUUACAAAUUGUUAAUAGACAGCGAGUUCUUAGCCCUACGAGUAUUGAUAGAGAUGUAUUCCCAAAGAAUUAUUUUCUAUCUUUGAUUAGCAGUGUUGAUGCUCCUGGAAAAUGCAAUGUAAUUCCUAGGAUAGUCUUGGAUGUUUGUGUGUUUUCGUUAUAGAAACUACUUAUUGCGGGUUUAUUUUCUACUUUUGGUUAAAGAAUUAUCCAAUAAAAUGUUAAAAUUGGAA